CUUCGUUAUUGCCCCCUUCAUCAAUCGGCACAACCACCACCACAACUUCUUGUCCUGUUGGUGAUACGAGUGAGCUAGCUAGCCAUGGCGGACGCUAACCCUACCCUGAUGCUCCUGACCAUCUUUCUCCUGGUGACAAGCGCCACAGCAGGUUGUAUUAGAAUUAACCUCAGCCACAGCGGCAUGCGGUGCACCCCUGGCGACGCGUGCCCGGUGAUAUGCGCCAAAAUCAAGGGCAUAGACGGCAAGUGCGAGGAUGGAGCAUGCAUGUGCACGAUCUGCGACCCUUCGUACCACCCAAGAGCAGCAACAGAUUAAUCUAAUCCGUCGCUAAAUCCGUUUCGUUUCAUCGCAUGCAUAUGUAUCAUGCAUGUUCACUGUAAUGAUAAGAGCACGUGACCCUAUCUUUGGUGAUAUGGAUCACCCACCACAAAACGGCCUAUUGGUUUUUAUCCUAAUCCAUAUAUAGAUUGGAUGAGAUUGAGAGAGUUUAAAUUCUUAACAAAUCAAAAUAUCUCUUAAUGUCUCCUAGUUCCAUCCAAUCCAUAUAGGAUGAGAAUAACCGAACAAGGUCUAACUCUGUACAGUGAUAUACAGAACACUAAACAAUUUGACUUC